AUGCUGUCUCCUCGCCCAUACUGCGACGCAGAGACUAGAGCCGGGCCCUCGAUCUACGUAGCCGAGUUCUUUCCAAUGGAGGAUAGCAUGCAGGAGGCCCCACUCACGAAACCCAACCACCGCAAGAAGAGGCCUUCAAACCAUAUCCCACGCCCUCCCAACGCCUUCAUCCUCUUCCGCUCUAACUUCAUCCGCUCGCAACGCGUCUCUCAAACCGUAGAAGCAAGCCAUAGCACCCUCUCCAAGAUCAUCGGCAUCACGUGGCAGAACCUCCCUGACCAGGAGAGACAGGAGUGGCAUGGCAAAGCAAAGCGGGCAUUGGACGAGCACAGGCGGAAGUACCCACAAUAUGCCUUCCGACCGCAACACUCGAAGAAGGGUGGGGGCGACGGAGCAGAAGUCGCGGCGGCCUCGGGGUUGGUGAAGAGGAAGGUGAGGGAUAUCGAGCCGAGGGAUAACAAACGGUGUGCAAAGAUCGCGGAGUUGUUGAUUCAGGGGAAGAAGGGUGAUGAACUGGAUGCCGCUAUCCUUGAGUACGACAAGCAUCACGUCCCCGUCAUCGUAACUCGGUUUGAGGAACCGUUGACUGCGGAGGAGUACCAAUCCUCGUCGAGCCCAGCGUGUUCAGUCAGUAACACGUCCGACGAUGAAAACCUUACUACGCGGCUUCCAGUUAUGUCGCCCAACGUACCGUAUCCCCAGUCGCCUACGUCUUACCCGAGCCCGUGCUCUCCUGUGGGGCAGAGCCUGUCUCCCAUCACAUUCGACGAUUCAUACACACCAAAUUCGUCGCCUCCGUCCUCUUCGCCUCUUUCACACCCAAUCUCUUGGGAUCCAUUAUCCUUGUGCCCAGGCCCUCCGCCGAUAUCUGCACCACCCACAUUCCCUUCAUCAUCGUAUAAUCAACAUGAUAAUCUCGCCAUGCCCACACCCAGGCGUAAUCUUUCAAUCGAUACAGCAUUCCUCGCAGCUUCGUCAGGGUGGUCCUUCCCCCAUGCAGCACCUCACCCGAUGUCUGUAUCCUGCCAGACACUCACAGGUAGCCCGUUGAACGGAGGACCCUACGACUUUGCCCACGACUACGUAGAUCAAUAUACCCCUGUUAUCAAUCCUUUCGAUAUACCCUCGCCCGAACAUCAAUUUCGGUCGCAUUACCACGACGUGGAUCCUGCAUGCAUGUCACCGGGGCAGAACGACCUACUGUUCGACAGCCAUCACUCCUGGGGAUUACCGGUGGAUGUUGGUGGUACUUUUAUACACGGAUACGAAACCUCUCCUUCGGAUGCCUCGAACUCCAUCCCACGUUUAGGUCUACCUCUGCCUUCUUCAAUCGUUGAUUAA